ACAUGACUAGACAUCCAUAUCCUAGAACUUUGCAGGCUGAAAGACAGGCUUUAAAGGAGAGUGACUUGAGAUGGGGGAAAUAAUCUCCAGUCUCUACAGGCUCCAAAUGAGGGGUACACUGACAACGAUCCUGUUUCUAGCCUGUUUUUCUCUGUGUCAAGCAGCUCCCACCACAACCCCAAAUGUGACAGAAGAGACACUUGCUGAGGAAUAUCUAUCCAAGUAUUACACUGAUGUCGGGGUCAAUAAUUUGACCAUUCGGAAUGUAGCCCAGACCUCGUUCAACCAGACCUUGGAGGCCAUGCAGGCAUUCUUUGGUCUGGAAGUGACUGGCAGACUGGAUCAGAAAACCCUCGAGUUGAUGAAGGAGCCAAGGUGUGGUGUGUCAGACAUCAGCAGAUAUGGACACUUCCCUGGGAGACCCAAAUGGGAGAAGAGAACUAUUACUUACAGAAUCACUGAAUACACACGAGACGUGAGCCGGAAUCAAGUUGACUUAACUAUAGCUCAGGCCUUCAAGCUGUAUAGUGACGUAAUUCCACUGGAUUUCAAACAGAUUGAAUCUGGCACUGCCGACAUCAUGAUACUCUUCAAAGGCGGAUAUCAUGGGGACUUUUAUCCUUUUGAUGGACCCAGUGGAGUUUUGGCCCAUGCCAACUCACCUGGACAGGGCCAAGGUGGAGACACACAUUUUGACGAUGAUGAAUAUUGGACUCUGACUCAGAACGGGGUGAAUCUAUUGCUGGUUGCAGCCCAUGAGUUUGGCCAUGCCCUGGGACUGGAUCACUCCAGAGACAGGAAGGCUUUAAUGUUCCCCACCUAUCAGUACGUCAACACAAACGGAUACAAGCUUCCCGAUGAUGAUAAGCGUGGGGUGCAGGCCCUGUAUGGAACCCGUACACCUGAUCCUAAGCCAAAACCCAAACCAGAGCCUCCGGUUCCUGAACCAGAAGAGCCAACUGAACCAGACCCCAAUCCUGGCCCCGGGCCCAACCCAAAAGACCAACAGUGCGACCGGGAUCUUGUGUUUGAUGCAGCCACUUCCAUGUGGGGAGACCUUUACUUCUUCAAAAAUGGGUACUACUGGAGGAAGAGUACACAAAUCAGUGGAAUUGCUCUCACUAAAGUGGCCACCAAAUGGUCACAAAUUAACUAUGUUGAUGCUGCCUAUGAGGUCAAACAUCGGGAUGUGGUAUACCUUUUUGAAGGUAAUAAGUACUGGGGUAUAAAGGCCUAUGCAAAGACAAUGAUCCCGGGCUAUCCAAAACCCAUUUCCACACUUGGAUUCCCAUCAUCUGUCAAUAAGAUAGAUUCAUCAGUGUAUGUUCUCUCAACACAAAAGACCCUCUUCUUUGUGAACAACCAAUACUGGAGCUACAAUGAGGUCAGACGUGAAAUGGAUUCUGGAUACCCUAGAUUAAUAACUCAGGAUUUCCCAGGCAUUGGCUCAAAAGUGGAUGCUGCCUUUGAGAACUAUGGGUAUCUUUAUUUCUCUGAUGGGCCCAGGCAGAGUGAGUACUCUUUUCCCAGAAGGACAGUGAUACGCGUCCUCCUAAACUAUGGCUGGCUGAACUGCUAUUAAAUACAUGUUUCACUAAUUUUCCUCAAAAUGUAGUUUAACAUAGGCCCAUAAUAAUAUGAGAUUGUUUAGUUAAUCUUCAUUAACACAAUGUGCAACAAAUGUAAAGCAUUACAUGUGUUUGGAUGGCCUAUAACAAGGAAGAUGUGAUAUUGUCAUUGUUUACUAAAAUAUUGGAUAUCUUGUUCUUUGUGUGUCUUAAUUUUCAAAUGCUCAAUAUACCACAUGGUAAAUAAAUAUCAGAUAUCAAGUUCUUCAGUUUUUACUGUUCUUUAG